AUGGUAUCCACAGACCUCGAAAACUGGCUUCCUCCACCUGAGACCCACGCAGAACUCGACUGGGCCCCGCUUCUCACUCUUGACCUGUCCCGCUUCGACACACCGGGUGGAAAAGAAUCCUUGGCUGCGGAAUUAAGGGACGCUGCCACGAGCUGGGGUUUUUGGACGGUAAUUAAUUCCGGUAUCCCACAAGCCCUAGUCGAUCACCAUUUCGCCAUCGCCAAUAAGUUUUUUAAUCAGUCUAUCGACGAGAAGAAGAAGGUCGUUACUGAUUAUGAGGGUGGUGGAAGCCAUCUUGGAUAUCGGGUACCAAGGGUAAUGGAAGUGGGCGGCGAACAUGGCGGGAAGAAGCACCAAGUGGUAGAAAAUGUUGAAAUGCUAAGCAUUCCAAAAAUACCUGCGCUGGAUCAAGAAAUAGCUGAACCUCUCCACGAUGUGAUCAACAAGCACCGCAACGAUAUAGCUGAGUUUCAGAAACUUUGUUACGAAAAAGUUAUACGUCGCCUGCUCGUACUCAUCGCCAUCAUUCUGGAACUACCGGAAGACUACUUUAUAGAACGGCACGAUUUUUGCGCUCCUUCGGAAGACCAUAUCAGAAUGGCAUGUCAACCUCCAUGGCACGGUAAUCUGGGGAUUCGCACACAACUCUAA